AACAAGCUCUACAUUAAAAUCAGUGUCGGCCCGACCAUGAACCACAUUAUAAUCAUAGGUCUCACCAUAAUUUCUUUGUGGCAAACCACGUUUGCAGAUGAUACCAUCUUAAUUCCUGAUGAUACCACGUUGAUUCCCGACGAUGAUAACAAUUGCGAAAUAUGGACCUGUGCUGCCACCCUGUGUCUGAAUGUGCUCCCAUGCCCUAGUGGGACUACUUUGGUCGGAGGACGGGGCUAUUGUGGAUGUUGUAAUGAAUGUGUUAUCCCACAGUUAGGUGAUCCGUGUUAUGAAGACGGUAUUACUAGACUGCCUACCUGUGGUAAACUGCUAAAAUGUGACUUAAGGAGCAAGACUUGUGUGCAGAGAUAAACCGGGAAAAAUAAUGCAAAAUGUCAUACGUUCUUAUGUAAAUAAUUAUUAUUAAAAAUUGUAAACUAAUAAAGAUUAUAUAUACGCAAUUUUA